AUGCAGAAACUCGUUCUCGCCCUCAUUUUUAUGUGCACAAGGGCCCAGAAUUCGUCAAUAACCCCCGAAACCACGCCUUAUGACACCACCCCGCAGCCUAAACCAACCCCUGCGCCGCUCACCCACACGACCACGCCCCCUCCCCAAACCACCACCAAUCCGCACGACGCAGCGUGCCCCCCUCUCACCCCCAACAUGGACUCCUUGACCCAGGAGCAGUUCAUCGCGAAAUUGACUGAUACGUGUCGAUAUGACAAGCUGAUCAAACCCCCAACCCAUGGCCCCCUUAAAGUUUCGAUGCAGAUUGAUCUGACUCACAUCGAGUCGGCCGAUCAGCUCCAGUUUAAGGCCCACAUGUUGGUACAGUACUUGUACAGGGAUGACAGGCUCAGGUAUGUGGAGUUGUCCCCAAAAAGGGUGGGUCUGUUGGGGGAGGAAUUGUUGCGGAAUAAAAUCUGGGUGCCCCACAUUAUGAUACGCAACGAGAAGGACACGACCAUCAUGGGCAUCGACGGGAAAGACGUUUUUAUCUCGAUUAACCCAACGGGUGAUGUGGUCUAUUCGUACCGAUUGACUGCGACCUUCUACUGUUGGAUGAAUUUGCAAAAAUUUCCCUUUGAUUCACAGGAAUGUAACUUAAAAUGGAACAGUUGGACUUAUAACUCGACCAAUUUGAUUCUACUGUGGGAUAAAGACGAUCCUGUCAAGUUGGCAAAAAACCUACAUUUGACCGAAUUCGUGCUAAGCGCCACCUGGACCGAGGAAAACGAAGUACCGGCUUCGUUCAAUAAGGGGGCGUUCGUUGGCAAUUUCAGCCAGCUAAUCUUCCGGUUUAAACUCACACGUGACGUUGGCUUUUACAUCAUGGACUACUUCCUACCUUCCAUCCUUCUGGUGGUCAUCUCAUGGGUCACCUUCUGGCUGCAAGCCGAUGCAGCACCGCCACGUGUGACUUUAGGCACUUCCACCAUGCUAGCUUUCAUCACCCUAAAUGGGGGAUUAACCAAAACUUUACCCAAAGUCUCCUACAUCAAAGCAAGCGAGAUUUGGUUCCUAGCUUGCGCCUGUUUUAUUUUCUGUUCAAUGGCGGAGUUUGCUUUCGUCAAUGUGAUUUGGAGGCGCAAAAAGCAGGUCGAAAUGAAGAAACAGAGCAGCAAACAUAUACUAAAAGGCGCGCUUACGCCGAAUUUGGCAAGGAAACAGCUGAGGAAGGCUGAGUCGAACAAUAGUUUGUAUAAAGCAAGGUCCUGUUCGAGCCUCGAGACGGAAGGAGGCGACAAUGCGAAUAAAAAUACACAAGCGAAUUAUCUGACUGUACAUAGCUUUCCCAGUAACCUCAAAGUGCCUCAAAUCACGACUCAAAGUCAGGACGAAUUGGUGGAGAGUGAGGACAGCACUUCGGUCAAAAUGCCUGAUAAUAGGGAGCCUCAAAGAUGGCACACGAUGACGCCUCACGAGGUCGCCAACUGGAUAGACAAGAAGUCGCGGAUUGUUUUCCCUGUCAGUUUUCUCAUUUUUAACAUUUUUUACUGGUCUUUCGUCUAUGUUGUUUAA